UUGCUCUUUGCUUCAGGUGACCAGACUUUAAGAGUUUGGGAUGUGAAAGCCCCAGGAGUCAAACUUGUGAUACCUGCCCACCAGGCUGAGAUCUUGAGCUGUGACUGGUGCAAAUAUGACGAGAACUUGCUGGUAACUGGUGCAGUCGACUGUAGCUUGAAAGGCUGGGAUUUGCGGAACAUCCGGCAGCCAGUGUUCAUCUUGCUUGGUCAUACCUACGCCAUCAGAAGAGUAAAAUUUUCACCAUUCCAUGCAACUUUAUUGGCCUCUUGCUCCUAUGAUUUUACUGUGAGAUUCUGGGACUUUUCCAAGCCAAACCCUUUGCUGGAAACAGUCGAGCAUCAUACUGAAUUUACAUGUGGACUAGAUUUAAGCCUUCACAACCGUGGUCAGGUGGUGGACUGUGCUUGGGACGAGCUCGUGAAGAUCUAUACUCCGUCAUGCCUGGCAGUUCCUGUCUAGAGAGAAAGCGAAGGAGAUCUGAGACGCCGGGACCCGUUCUCUCUUCCCCCACAAGCAGACUUGGGUCAAAGUGUCAACUGUGUCACUAAUCUCAGUGUCUCUUUUCCAGUUGAAUGGAGUGUUGUGCACUUCAGCACGUGGAGAUUUUAGGGCUGGGUUUAUGGUACAGGUAAUACUUGAGCCAGCAAAGUGUUCAACAGCUACUCAACGGCCAAAGAGUGACGGUAGCAGAUAUGAACUGGUGGCUUCAAAGCAGAAUCACCACCACAAUUUAGUGAUCUCUCUGGUUAAUGGUGAGAGGUCUGAAUCCUUUUGAUCCUUAUAAAGAAUAAAAGUGACUGGCAGUGUAAUCUGAGAUAACAUCAUAGAAUCAUAGAAUCAUUCAGGUUGGAAGAGACCCUUGGGAUCAUCGAGUCCAACCAUCUACCCUACUCUACAAAGUAAAAAAGCAGCUUUUCACUGUAAAAUACUGUAACAUCAACCUAAGGUUUGUAUCGCUCAGAUGCAUUUAUAUUUAUAUGUUUUACUGUGACUGAACAUUGCAUUAUUUUCUUGUGCAAUAUGAUGAAUACUCUUGAUGGACAGUAAAUGUCAUCAUUUAUAGCCAGCUGAUUUGUUUGACCUUUUUGAUUGCCGCUUCACAAAGACGGCAAAGAUUAUUUUCAUACAUUUUUUUCUCUUGGAUCUCCUGGAGUAAAGCAGUUGAAGUCAUGCAGAAAGAUACUCUGAUGAUAGAGAAAACACUUAGGAAAAAAUGAAAUAUAUGCAACACUAAUUGGAUCACAAUCCUCAAGAUUCAGAGAUAGCACAACCAUCUCUUUUAUUAGGCUUGUCUUCUGUUUUCACUUGGAAAGUUUUUCCAAGAGAUAGAAGAGGAAUAUGGUCGUGUAUUCAGUGUUCCUGGACUUCUGACAACCUGGCCUAAGUGAGAGCUGAUGUCCAGACCAUCAUAUGUGCAGAUAAACUGCAUGGCAUCAGUAUAGAGAUCCAGUGUGGCCAAGCUUUUAUACUAUAAGAAUAUUUCCAAGGUGUUACAGGUAUGUUGAAGUACUUUGCCUUCCCAUUUUGACUCCUCAGCCCACGUGCUGGUAUUUUCACCUGAGUUUUGCUGGGGCAGGUAGAGAUGUUAAGUUUUUAUUCUUCUCCGGUCUCCUUUGAAUACUCUUUCAGGAUUUAACUGGGAGAGUCCUGCAGCUCU